UGCUCAAUGUUCAACUUUCUCUUUUGGGCAGCAGCUGUGGUCAGGCUAAUUCAAUUACUGUUGUCCAACCAACUUUCUGAAUAAACACUUAAGGACUACAAGAGCCAUGCUGCUGCCAGGUGUGUUGAUGGGUUUCUUCAUUUCCAUCUCAGGGGUGAAUGGUGAGACAAAAAGCAUCUGUGCUUUGAAACGAUCUUCGGUGGCUCUGCCCUGCUCGUCUCGCUCACCGAGUAUGAAAUGGUACACUGUACACAAGGACGGUGACAGCUAUGUUCAGAAGGAGAUCUCUGCAGAUGAAAGUCAUGGAAAUUACAAGAUGUCUGAAGAAAGCCCCCCUACUCUGACCAUCAAUGAUCUGAGACGAAAUGACCCAAAAUAUUACUGCUGCAGCAACAAUCAUGAGAAACCUGCAGGUUGUUUGGAAAAUGCAGUUCAGCUCACUGUUUCAGACCUGCAGGUGAAGGUGUUUCCCUCCACAGAGGGACAGACAGUAACUCUGAUGUGCAGCACCAGCUGUCCUCUGACUGAAAACCCUGCAGCCUACAUCUGGUACAAGAACGGAGCUCUUCUCUAUGAGGACUGGUCUCCCUGGUACCAAGAGCUGCUCAGCGGUGAUGAAGCAGUCAGAUACUCCUGUGCUGUCAAAGGCUACGAGGCUCUCAGAGCUCCUGAAGUCUCAGUGGAUUCUGUCACAUCGACCUGCUUCAGUGUGAUCUACUCUAGAGGGAGGAUGUGUUCAAAUAAUCCAACAUCAUACAGAGAUUCGUGUUCGAUCACAUAUCCAAGAGAAUUAAAAGUUCAAAGGUCUGCAGGGUCAACGGUUGAAGUGAAAUGUGCCACCAGCUGUCCUGAAGUUGAUCCAAAGAUUUCCUAUCGAUGGUAUGAGAACGGAAUUUUACAGAGACAGUCUAACAAACCACAGUUUUCAGUUCGAAGUUCUUCAGCUGCAAGCUUCUACUGUGCUGUCAAAGACCACGAGGAUCUGCUGUCUGCUGACGUCUGUGCUGUGGAGAAGAAGUGUUGGACGGUGAACUACAGCAGCAGUAGAAUCUGUGCUCUGGAAGGCUCUUCAGUGAACAUUACCAGUCAAUACUCGCAGCCUGACAACGAGCAAACCACUUUUAAAUCAUGGUAUAAAAUAAAAAGUGGUGAGCAGGAGGGCGCUGUGCAGGAGUCAGAACAUGUUAAGUAUCAUGACAAGAAGAAUGAGCACAUACUAAGCAUCAAAAAGCUGAAGAGGAACGACUCAGGAGAAUACAUGUUCACAACACAGCAGCAGAAACUUGACGGAGGACGGAAACCGUUUGCUUUCCCCAAAGUGACGUUGGUUGUCACAGAGCUCGGCGUGUGGGUACAUCCAGCAGAGGUGACAGAAGGUCAGACAGUCACUCUGACCUGCAUCACCAGCUGUCCUCUGCCUGGUAACUACACCUGGACCUUCAACAGUAAACCUGUGAGCCAAAACAAGCGCCUGGUUCUGGAUCCAGUCAGCAUCCAGCAUGCGGGAACCUACUCCUGUGCUGUUAGAAUUGGCAGGAGAAGCAUCACCUCCAGCGAAAAGACUCUGACUGUCGAACGUGCUGCAGGAACGUUUGUAGCAGCUGCAGGAGUCGGCGCUGCUUUUCUCAUCGUCACACUUCUCGUCGUCUUCUUUUGGAUAAGAAGGAAUAGGACGUCAGGUCAGUCUGUUACGAUUGAAGCAACAGACAAUGCAGAGCAGCUGAACCCAGGUCUUCUGUAUGAAAACGUGUCGGCUCAGCCAGCAGAGCAGGAGGAUCUUCACUACAGCAGUGUCCACUUCUCCAAGAACCCCACUGGUCCUCUCUACGCCACUGUCCAGCCUCAUCAGCCCAAAGAAGACGAGCACGUUGCUUAUGCCGUUGUGAACAUUAGACCCAAGGAGACCCCUGAGUGAGCAUAUCGUCCCGGUAUAACUGGUUUAGAGUCUCACUUUACUCAAUCAGAAUCAGAAUCUGUUGUGAGUGACCGUUCUGCCUGAUAUGUCAGGUUUUCUGUUACAAGUCAAGGAUUCUCCAGUACCAUUUUCACUUCACUCUGAAACAAAUUGAUGCAUUUGUCAGAAAAUAAAUGUUUCUGAAGAAGCAGUAAUAUGUAGGUCUGCCUAUGCUAAAAGGCCAGACAGCACAGAAAUGUGAAGAAGGCUGCCUCAGUGUUAACCCUCCUGUUGUCCUCAUUUACAGGCACCAAAAAAUAUUGUUUCCUUGUCUGAAAAAAAAAUCCAAAAAUUGAGCAAAAAAUUUUUCCCAAAUUUCUGAAAAUUUGCAAAACCUUCAGGAAGAAAAUUCCAAUAAUUCCUCAAAAGUUUCCCUCAAAAGUUUUAUUUUAAAAAAUCCUCACAAUUUAGCAAGAAAAUUCUUGUAAAUAUUUUCAAAAAAUGAGGAAAAAUCUUCCAAAAAAAAUCCUAAAAAUAUUUAAAGUGAUCACAUAUAUAUCAGUAAAACUUGUAAUAUUUUCUGAAGAAUAUUCACAUAAAAAUCAACCAAAAUCCAGCGAACUGUGCUGAAUUUUGGUUUAUUUUUAUGUGAAUGUUCUUAAAGAAACAUCUUAAACAUUUCAUUUUCCACCAAAAAAUGUUCAAAGAUUUCCCAAAAAUGUUGAAAAUGUGGACAUCAGAAGUUUCACUGUGAAAAUAUAUUUUUUUAUCCACAUUUUCAAACUUUAAAAUGGGUCAAUUUUGACCCGCAGGACAACACGAGGGUUAAACUCUCACACUGACCUGGAUUUGGAUACAUUAUGCUAACCUGUCCUUGGUUUGUUCUUGGUUCUUGCAUUCAGCUUAAAAACUUUUGACAUCAUCAUUAUAAACAUUAUAAUUUCUAUGCCUUUGUUGCUUUUAUUAUGUGUGAAAGCUGAAUAUCCAGUCUGAUAAUUACAUUGAUAUCAGCACCGAGAACCAGUUCUCUGCCAUCAAACACAAGCUGCUUUAUUUAGUCAAGUCAUGUAUGAAAGAUGACCACAUGGAAACAUGUUUUUAGUGUUGGUUAAGGUCGUUUUAGGCCUGUAGCUCCUCCACAGAGGCUCGUUGUGCUGGGUCUCUGGACAGACACAUGUUCAAUAACGUCUUGUGGUCUGAAAAGCAGGAGACAAAGAGCAGAGUGAAUAAAACCACAAGAAUGUCAGUGUGCAGACUGAAAAUGUGAUUUUAGUUUAAUUAUUUUCUUUCAUUUGUCUGUCAGGAUCCUUGUAGGCAGCAUGAUGGAACCACAGAGAGACAGUUUGGACCUUUAACCAGUGAACUGAAGUUCUGGACAGUUUAUUCUUUAUAUUGAUGCUGAGUAACUGAACAUUGCUGCUUAUUAAUUUUUCUGCUUGUCCACUUGGAGAGAGACGUGUUUUGUUGCUUAGUUUGAUGUAGUUGCUGUUUGUAAUUACUACCACUAGAUGUCAGUAAAGAGAUCUCUGCUACUAAUUGGACAGUUUAAUGUCUUUAAGCCCAGCUGGUUUUAUCAGCAGAGAAUUAAAAACAUUCUGUGAACCAUUUUUACUACCUAACCUGCUCAUUGCAAUCAUGUUAUUGUUCUCCAAGGGGCGGCAUGGCUCAGUGGGUAGAGUGGCCGUCUUGCAACCGGAGGGUUGCUGGUUUGAUCCUUGGCCCGGAGAGCUCAUGUCGAGGUGUCCCUGAGAGAGACACCGAACCCCUAAUUGCUCCUGGUGGGUCACGGUUAGCGCCUUCCGUGGCAGCUUCCGCCAUCAGUGUGUGAAUGAAUGGGUGAAUGUGAUGUAUAAUGUAGAGCGCUUUGGGUAUCUUUCAGAUUUAGUCAUACAUUUGUAACCUGGCAAUAGCCAGAUUAAUAAUUGUGUAGUACUUGAUAGUACUCCACAAUAUCAAUCUGGGACCGCUCCAUGUAAAUCCGUUCGGAGGAAAGAGGCACGGAUUGGACAAUGCAACAGUAUGUCCCGCCUCUGACAGGUUUGUUUUUAGCCAAUCACGGGAUCUUCACAACGAGCGGAGCCAAUUGGUAGAUUAAACUCUUACCAAAACCCGUAGGUACAUAAGCACAAACAUCUUUACCAUCCAGAAAUGCGCAAAGCGCCUCUCGUUGUUCUUCCUUCAAAGAAGCGAUAGGAGAUUCAGCUAAAACUGACUUAAUAGCAGCAUCUACACGAUCGUUGUCCUCCGUUGCCAUGUUUGUUUUGAUCUACUGGCGCUUGGUGUCGUCUUCACACCCGGAUAUCCCGCCCCACACACGAAUACUGCUGCGUGAUUGGCCCGUGUCAACUUGGCUCUGUACGAACAGUGAACGUGGGAGCGGAGCAAGAUGGUUUGAGAGAUUUGUGAACUCACAAAUAUCGCGAGAAAUCAACUUGCUGGCAAGGUUAAUACAUUUGAUUCGCAUGUUUGAUUUGGCCUAAAACCACUAUAUAAAUGCAGACCAUUUACCAUUAUCUUAUUCACUGUAAUUUAUUUUUGUAUGUUUUGCCCUGAAGAACAUUGUAUGAGCACUGACCACUGUGGAAAUUGUUCAGUGUGAGUUUGAGACUGUUUCCACACUUAAAUAAA